AUGGGGCCGAGUGGCGCAGCCGCGGUGGCCGUGGGGCUGUGGGUCUUGGUGACGGUGGGCGUGGCGGCGGACCCCGAAGUGGUGGAGCCUCCGCGCCGCCUCCUCUCACACUACCGCUCCCUGGACCCCCGGGCGCUGCUGGCCAUCAAGGCACUGAGGGACCGCUAUGAGGAAGAGACGCUGAGCUGGAGGCCGCGCAACUGCUCGUUCCGCCGGAGGAGGGACCCUCCGCGGCCUUCCUCCCGUGCGCUGCUCCGCCAGGUGGCCCGCGGCCUCGCCGACGCCCAAGACGUGCUGAGCAGCCUGCCGAGCCCCGAGCUGUUCCCCGGCGUCGGCCCGACCCUGGAGCUGCUGGCGGCCGCGGGGCGGGACGUGGCGGCCUGCAUCCGGGCUUCGGUCUGCGGCUGGGAGGCUCGAGCUGGUCCGGCCAGGCUCCCGGAGGAAGUCCCUGCGGCGGCCCGGGAGGCGUCCCCAGACUCGCACAGCUGUGAGUGGAGCAGGCGGGAAAGCGGCUAG